AUGCGUUUUGGCUUCAGCUCGAUGUGCUGGUCCCCGCCGACAGUAUGCGGUGCGACACUUCCCACUUUUCGCACUUUCUCUCUCUCUCUCUCUCUCUCUCUCUCCUUCUCCAAGUUUUCUGUUGCACAUCUGCCCAAUGGCUCCUCAGGGAAGCAUGGCUUAGCAGCAGGCACACACGGGGCGGUGUGUGCGUGCGUAUGCCCGCGUGCAUCGUCUGCGCGUGUGAUCGCCGCUGCGGAGAUCCGCGGCCGCCGGGCCCUUCAAAUGGGGCGCAGGAGGCUGGCUGCACGGGUGCCCUCGCCCGUGCUCUCUCGGCGCCAGCAGAUGGCUGCGGCAGACCUCCAAAAGACACAGUUGACCAGUCUCAUGAGUUCAUUAACGCUGUGGGUGGGUUCAUUGCCGUUGGCCAUGACGACUGUUGCGGGUGACGCGGCGCAUUCACGCUCGCAGCCGUGGGUCUUUUUUCUUGCUUUUGGAGAAACCGCAUGCUCAGGUACAGGGCGGUAA